UUCUUCUGUGCCAAGCUGAAAAUGUGGCAGCCCUCUCUAGACUCCUUCACUUUCUCCGCAGAGUGAGAUGUCUGCGUAUGCCUCUCGUUAGCGGAGCCUAUGGAUUUCGCUCGAUUCCCAUGACCCUCCUCCCGUUUCUCGCGCCAAGUUUCUCCAACAAAAAAACAUUUCGUCUCGCCUUCUGUUUAGUGACCACCCAACGCCCAGCCUCCUUUUUCGAUUGGUCUGCGCCAUCUCCCUGGCACGCAUCUCCCUCGGGCACUCCAACCCCCCCGCCCGCCACCUCGCCAGCGGCGUCUGUUCAGCCGGGCCCUUCUGGUUGCAGGUGGCGUUGCGUUGUCCGCUCCGUCCAGAUGGGGGUCCCUCCCUGGUGGUGCCUCUUGCCCCUGGUGCUGGGGGGCUGCUCUGGCUCCUCCUCACGUUCCCUGAGUGCAUUUUUCACACUGCUGUCAGAGCCCAUCCAGGAAAUGCCCGAGUUCCUUAUUUUGGGGUAUUUGGAUGACCAGUUUAUGGUUCGCUAUGACAGCAACAGGAGGGCAUGUUUGACUGAAGUGCCCUGGGUGAAGAAGGUUGCAGAUUCAGAUCAGCGCUUCUGGAGGAUGUGCAGCGAGACUGCUCAAAUGUUUGAGGAGAAGCUCAGAAAGGACCUGGCAUUCCUACAACAACACUAUGAUCAGAGCAGUGAGCUUCACACCUUACAGCUCCUUUAUGACUGUGUGUUGAGCAAAGAUGGGAGCAAAAGAGGAUAUUACAAGCUUGCCUACGAUGGGAGGGACUCCAUGAGCCUGGACACGGAUACAUUCACCUGGAUGGCAGGCAGUGCCGAGGCCCAGAAGGUCAAGGGCUUGUGGGAGGCUGAACGUAUGGACAUCAAAAUGUCAAUGAUUGUACUGACACAAGAAUGCACUACAUGGAUGCAGAAAUACACGGACUAUUUAAAUGAAUCUCUGUGGAGGAGAGAGCCCCCAGUGGUGAGAAUGGCAUGGAAGAUGACAUCUGAUGUCCAGGAAACCCUCAUCUGCCGGGCAUAUGGCUUCUAUCCCAAAGAGAUUGAUGCCACUUGGAAGAAGGAUGAGGAGGUCUGGGAGCAGGAGACGCUCCAUGGGGAUGUCACCCCCAACUCAGAUGGGACCUACCAUACCUGGCUCAGCACUAAGAUUGACUCCAAAGACAGGCAUCGGUACCAGUGCCAUGUGCAACAUGCUAGCCUCGCAGAGCCUCUGGACCUGUCCUGGGGGAAGCCUGUAGAAAGACUACACACCUCCAUGCCCGUGUGGGUCAUUGUAUUGGGGGUCAUGGCUGCUCUUCUGGUGGCUGGGAUCAUUAUAUGCAUCAAAAGGAAACGGAUGGUGACGGGGAUCAGUUUGUGUGUAAGAAAAGAGCAGAGGGAAGAAAGAGAAAUGGCCACACAACCUUCUGAAGCCGGCAACAUUGUAAGUUAGACAUACGAAGCUCAACUCCCGGGUGAGUUACAAAAGCACCGGCAGCAUCACCCUUCUGUGUGCUGGUCACACCUCUAACAAAUAGCCUGCAGGGAGCUUUAGCUGGCUCCUCCUCUGCAGCUCUUCCUCCUGCCUGCCCAAACACAACAUAAAAGUAAAGGUAAAGUGUGCCAUCAAGUUGAUUUCGACUCCUGGUGCCCACAGAGCCCUGUGGUUGUCUUUGGUGGAAUACAGAAGGGGUUUACCAUUGCCUCCUCCCACGCAGUAUGAGCUGAUGCCUUUCAGCAUCUUCUUAUAUCGCUGCUGCCCAAUAUAGGUACCAGUAGGGAUUCAAACCAGCAACCUUCUGCUUGUUAGUCAAGCAUUUCCCUGCUGCAAUAUGGGCAACAGCAAAGCAGUGUAUGUGUUUACCAUGCAUGCUGCCUCUUUCCUUCCAGGCCUGAGGAGUUGGGGUGGGAGGGUUUGAGCAGGCAGGAGGGGGGUGGGAGCACAAACUGAAGGAUAAAUAGGCUGGCUGCUGAAGAGAAGGUGGGGGACCCCACAAACACACUGAUGCAGCUUGGGUUGAGGAAGAGGUUGGUGGGGUACCAGAGAUCAGGGACCCUCACCAAAACAUUGGGGGCACAUCACAGGGUUGUUGUGGGGAUAAACGUAGGCAUGACCUCCACCACUCUGGGCCCGGGAACCAGUAGCAGCCCCCAUCAAACCAUAAUUGCAGCUCCUCAACUAAUUGUGUAUUAGGCCUGUGUAAAGCUUUGGCCAAAGGUGUGCAUGGAGUGCCGGGAAGUGUAGUCCUUUCCCAGCAGAGCUCCUAAGAGAGGGCUCCGUCUUUUGUAAAGGGCCCACCCAGUACGGAGAAAGGUGCAGUACUGUGUGGAAGUCAGCACAGUGGGAAAUGGCCGUUGCACUGAUGGUGGGCCCCACUUGAAAAAUGAAUGAAGAUCGCUAUCCGAAAUGGUGCUUCUGCUUCUGGGGUGAACUCCAAAUGGAGAGCAUUGCUCUUAGCAGAGGAGUGCUGGACUGGCACACCUAGAUCGCUCCCAGAGGAUGCGCCAAUGCCCUGGAGACCAGCCAUUUUGGCAAAGGUGCUGGGGGAAAGGAGCCUAUACUAGAGCGCAGACAACGUAGAAUGGAAGCAGAUGCAACAUUGUCUUCUAUUGUCAUAGCAUUCAGUUUGGACAGAAAGGGCCCCAGUUGUUCUCAGAAAAACCUGCAGGGAGGGAAAAGGUUGCUGGGCCAAGAAAGGGACACCAUUUCCUGCCAUACAACAAGUUAGGUUUUUCAGGAGUGUCCCUUUAAUGAGGCAAAGUGAAGCAGGUGCCUCAGGCGGCAGAUUAUUGGGCUCGCAGCAGGGUGGCAAGAUCCCCCCCACCCCAUGGUUUCCAUUGGAGCAGCUUUUUGGCCGUUGCAAAUGCUGCAAGGAGUGCCUCUCCUCAUACUCCUUGCAAAGAAGCACAAGGAGAGAAGAGCAGGCUGCUGGCAACCUUCCCUGCUUCCCCCCCCCAAUACCACUUCAAGGCUUGCAAGGGAUUGUUUUGAAAGGGGGCUGGCCCCCACCAGGGGGCAGUGUAUUACACCUUGUCUCAAGCAUCACAAUACCCUAUGAUGCUUUGGGCUCUGAUAGUCCAGGGACACGCAUGAGUGAGUGAGAAAUGGGACAGUGUUAUUUAAGCCCUGCUUCCCACGCAGCUAACCUUUUGGGCUGAGGAGCACACAGGGCUUUAGCCGGUCAUUCUUUGGGGGAAGGUUUGUUUUGUUUUCCUGUUUGGACUGGCAUUUGAUUUUUGCCUCAGAAGCUGUUGUUCAGGGAAGAGUCAGGCAGUUUUAAUUUGAUUGGAUUCCAGUUUAGCAAUUGCUAAUUUAUUCAUUCAAAUUGGUCAUUAAUUUCUAUCCAAACCCCACCCUCCCGCAAGGGAAAUGGAUAGUUGCUACUUGAUUGAUCUUUUUGAUUAAUUGUUCAACAUUAAUAAGCAUGCAUUGCUCAAGGUUGGGCUUACUGAUGCUUGGGGGACAUCGCAACUAGCUAUCUAUACCAAUCUCCCCGAGUAUCCCUAUGGGAUACUCCAUUCUGGUGGUGGUGGUAUUAUUAUUAUUAUUAUUUUAUUACAAUUUUGUUUCUUUUCUACAAAAAAUGCAUUCAAAUUGGCAAAAUAUUUUGACAAAUGUAUGCAUGCCAUAUUCCUUUAGUAAAGUUGCAAUCUGUUUAAUUAUGUGUAUGGUGUUCGUCUCUUUGUUCCUCACCUUGUUCCCCUCCCUCUUGCAAAAUUUUAACUUUUCAGAGUACACCUUAUGUAUAUCCAGAUGUCAUAGCAAACAUGUACCUCUCCAAGCAGAUAUUGGUCACUCAGUGAGGUAACAAGGUUGAAGUGGGCCCUGAGCCCAGGGGUGGAGCCACCAUUGUGUGGGUUUCCCUCAAAGAACCCAGGCCACCAUGCCCAGGGACCAUGUCUGGUGCCCCCCAAGCCACACCCCUGCACCUGAAGUCAGACGCAGGGGGCGGAGCCACAUUUGCAAUCAGGGCUGUGCCCCCCCGUUUACAGGUAAACUUUGACCAGCGCUGCCGGGAGCGCCUCUCCCUGCUUGCAAAGGCGCAUCCCUAGCCAGGCUGGGAACCCGGUGCUGGCUGAAGCGUCUCAAAAACAGAACUGUGCGGCUCAGUUUUUGAGAAGCUUCAGCCAGUGCUGGUUUCCCAGUCCGGCCAUGAACGCGUUUCUCUGCCUUUGUAAGCAGGGAGAGGUGCUCCCCGCCGUGCUGCAAACAUGGUGCCGGCCAAAGUUACUUGCAAACGGGGGUGUGUGGCCUCGUUUGUGAAUGUGGCUAUUCCCCCUGUGUCUGACUUCAGGUGGCGGGGGCCGCUGGUGGCAGUCUGGACGGGCUGCUGGCAUUCUCGCUACGCCACUGGAACCACCUUCUUCUUGAUCUCCCAUCCCACCCCCUGGUCUUUGCUGCAGAAGAACGAUAGGGACAUGGUGAAAAAAUAAAACAUUCUCAGCACAUCCUUUCUGUCACUUCUAUGCAAAUAGUAUCUCACUCACUCCUCAUGCAUGCAUCACACGCACACACCCUUGGCUCAGAAUUAUUUUUAAAGCACAUAUAUCUAUGACAAUUAGAACCACCUUUUAUUUAUACAACAUAAAAAGUGAAGAAAAAGCUGACACCAGCCGGUAGUCCCCUCCUUGCCACCCAUCCAAUGGACCCAUUCCCUGCCCCUGCACCCACCACUUUGAACUGUGUGAAAUUAUCUCCUCCUCAUUCUUGAUAAGUUUGCAUCAGCAUUUCCCCAGUACCAUUAUUGAGGCUGAAUGAGGAUUCAGGUUUCCAGAGGGAUAGCAGCUGCAUUACUCUCUUGCAGCAAAAAUGACAAAGGACCUUGUAGAACCCUGAAUGCUAAUAUUUACUGUAGCAUUUCAUGGACUAUAGCCACCUCAUGGUGCAGCGGGGAAAUGACCUGAUUGUCAAGCCAGAGUUCGCUGCUUCAGAUCCCUGUUGGUAUGUUUCCCAGACUAUGGGAAACACCUAUAUCAGGCAGCAGCGAUAUAGGAAGUUGCUGAAAGGCAUCAUCUCAUACUGCGCAGGAGGAGGCAAUGGGAAACCCCUCCUGUAUUCUACCAAAGACAACCUCAGGGCUCUGUGGGCGCCAGGAGUCAACAUUGACUCCACGGCACACUUUACUUUUUACCUUUCAUGGACUACUACAGAGCCAGUACAUACUAAUGGAUCUGGACAGGCUCAACUAUUGGGCCAAAGCCAACAAGAUGGAGUUCAACAGAGACAAAUAGAAAGUCUGGCAUUUGUGUAAGAAAAAGCAAAUCUGCAAGUACAGAACGGGGGAGACCUGGACUGGCAGCAGUACAUGUGAAAGGGACCUAGGUAUCCUGGUAAACCGCAAGUUGAACAUGCGCCAGCAGUGUGAUGCAGCUGCUAAAAGAGCAAGUGCAGUCUUGGGUUGGGUUAACAAAGGCAUACCAUACAAAUCCCGAGGAGUGAUAGUUCCACUCUGUUGUGCCCUGGCCAAGCCUCACCUGGAAUACUGUGUCCAAUUCUGGGCCUCUCAUUUUAAGAAGGUCAUUGAUAAACUGCAAUAGGUUCAGAGGAGGGCGACAGAGAUGGUGAGAGAUCUUGAACCCAGCUCCCAUGAGGAACAGUUGAACAAGUUGGGUAUGUUUAACCUGAAGAAGAGGAAACUUGUAAAGGGUCUUGGUUGGAUGAUAUGGAUUAUCUGGACCAGUGGUUCCCCACCUAGGUUUCUCCAGAUGUUGCUGAACUACAACUCCCAUCAUUCCCAGUUCAGCAACAUCUGGAGGAACCUUGGCUGGGAACCACUGAUCUGGACCUUUUCAAUUUGACUUUUGCCCUGAGUUUGGAACUGGAACUGCCUUGGUUGCCCUGGUAGAUGACCUGCACUGGGAACAAGACAGGGGGAGUGCAUCUCUGUUGGUUCUGCUGGACAUCUUGGCAGUGUUAAAUACAACUGACCAUGUCCCCAGGCCACCCCCUGGCUAUGGGCCUGCGCAUAUGCCUCAUUCUGUUUUGCUCCUGUGAUAGUUAUACAGUUGUCCUCAUUCCCCUGUCUCCUCACUGAGAGUUUUCCUCCCUUAUGGUAAAAUGUGUGGCUUCUGAAAGGCUCUCAAUCAGUUCUGGGUGGAUUUAUUCCCCAGUGUUUACCAUAUAGAAUGGAAAUUAGACCUCUGUCUUCACACCAGACCUGCUGUCCCUGCAACAGGUUUGCAGCUGAAAUUGAUUAAUGGCAGCAACAGCUAUGCAGAGUCUGAACAGUCAUUUUGUAAUUGUUGGAACUGGGACCCUGGCGGCAGCAGCUCUCCGCUGCAAUGUCUCAUAGUGACCACUGGGGUGUGUGUGUGUUUAGAGUCAUGGAUGAAAAGUGCUGGACUUCUCCCCUCUUUGUUCUCACUGAGUUUGUCUCUCCCAGAGAUUCCUGUUGUUUAGUCUCUCUCCCUUCAGCCACAAACUUAGCUAGAUUAGGCUGCAGACUUUCCUAUUUUAUUUGUAACUUCUCAAAUAAAUCCUUGUUGUUCUUCAAUCCUAAAGAA